CCUUUCCAAUCACCCUUUGCCAUGUCAGCAUGUAAUCCCAACCCGUAAUUGCAUGUAUGUGUAGCAUUGCUCCGAGACGGCGCACUUGUGGCUGCUAGCUAGACGUACGUUGAUUAUUCUUGCGAUUUUGCGGAAAAAUUACAGCGAUGGAGUAAAGUAAAUUUCUUUGUGACGGUCAUGAAAUAAAUUGGAAAACGUUUAAUAUCUAUCGACUGAUUUUUUGAUCGCGUAAGCCGCCUGGUGCGCCGUCAGAUUAACGGCCGCGCGUGGUGCACUAGGGUCGUGUUUGGUUGCCUGUGUGAGGUCCAACCAGGUCCGCGCGGGAAAGGAUUCAGCCUGUUUGGUAGCCCGCAUACACUAUUGGGCCUGCAUCGCACGCUUCUUAAAGCACCUCAGGGUCUGGCUCACUGGAAACGCAUGAAUCGGUAGUUUCUCCAGGGCCAGGCCCGAGCGGUGCACGUGGGCGGGCGCGGCUGCAUGUGCGCGACCACGCUCGAGAAGCCGCGUUGCUUCCCGAAGCACCGGCAGUUAUUAGCCUCACUGCCCCUCACCGCUCCCUCUCCUCACUCUUCCCCACUCUCCCAACUCUCACCGGCGGCGGCGGAUCGGAGCAUACGAAGAAGACUACCGGACUCAAUCACCGGCGGCGGCGGAUCGGAGCAGAGAAGAAGACCAACGGACUCCCCAAUGGCGAUCGAGGAUAGCAAUGCGAUGGGCACGGAGGUGCUCCCGGCCGUUGACAGCAAGGGAAAGCAGCCCCUUCACCCAAUGCCUGGCGAGGUUGAGCUGUCGCCCACCGCCGAGGAAGACCCGAAGACGCCUGAGGGUGGCAAUGACGAGGGCAUGGAGGAUCCCCCCCAGCAACAAGCGCCACAACUACGGCCACUACCAUCAGGAGGAUGGCCCAACUCACUUCUGCAAGGUCAUUCUUGCACCGAAGCUUGAGUGCAUCCCCAUGCCCCUGGACUUCACCAAGCACUUCGUCGCGGUGCCGACGGAGUUCAAGCUCAGGAACAACACCGGCUGCUCCUAGAAGGUGACGGUCAAGCUGAUGAACGGCAGGGUGACCCUGGAUCAGGGUUGGGCCACCUACACAGCCGUUCAUCAGAUCAAGAUCGGCUACAUGGUGACGUUCAAGCUCCUCACUCCCGACACCCUCAAGGUCAUCAUCUUCGACGACGAUGGCAUUAAGGUCAUCAACAAGUGCGGGAAGCACGACAAAGCCUUCGCCGCCAAGGAGUAGGGCUGGGGCCUCCCUAAGUACUAUCGAGUCUGCUAUGGUUUAUGCGUAGAAUUGUUAUGAACUGUCGUACUGCUUAUAUCUAAAUUAUCUAGUUGAUGCUCUGUUUA